UAAUUUUAAUGUGGUGGUUUCUGAUUGGCUCUCCGGGAGGAAGCGAGAAGACAAAUCAUACUCGGGGACAAUGCGACAUAUUCUCCGGAUGUUCUUAUUUCUAUAAUAAUAUAUAAUUUAGUAAGCUUUGAGUUUCCGGGGUAGAGAUUUGAAUGGACUACAACUCGGCCGUGGUGACUACAUGUUCCCGGGUCCUCCUGCUAUGUUUCAUCGGACUACAGGCAGCGGGGCCGCGGGAGGACGGAGGCGGCUGGUCCUCCGACUUCAGACUAGAAGACGAAGGUCUCUGUAACAUCGACGUGUUGGACGGAUCCUCCCUCUCACACCAGCAGUUCAUAGACAGAUACGCGUACCGCCGCCCGGUGAUCCUCCGAGGACUCACCGACAACACGAGAUUCAGGUCUUCGUGCUCCAGGUCCUCUUUACUAGAAGACUACGGCGCCCGGAGAGUUCGGCUCAGCACAGCCAAUACCUACUCUUACAGGAAAGUGGACGUCCCUCUGCAGGAGUACGUGGACGUCUUGCUGAGACCUCAGGCUGCAGACGCCCUCGGCAGCGAGACGCUGUAUUUCUUUGGAGACAACAACUUCACAGAGUGGCAGAGUCUGUUUGAGCAGUACGAGUCUCCGCCGUACGUCCUGCCUCACACCAGCGGAGCGUACAGCUUCGGGAUCGCAGGUCCGGGAACAGGAGUCCCCUUCCACUGGCACGGCCCCGGCUACUCCGAAGUCAUCUACGGGAGAAAGCGGUGGUUCCUCUACCCGCCUGACCAGGAGCCGCACUUCCACCCGAACCGCACCACCCUGUCCUGGCUGAUGGAGAUUUACCCCCAGCUGCCCGAGGACGAGGCUCCGCUGGAGUGCACCAUCAGACCAGGAGAGGUGCUGUACUUCCCUGACCGCUGGUGGCACGCCACGCUCAACCUGGACACCAGCGUCUUCAUCUCCACCUUCCUCGGCUGAGGACAGACGCUGCCUCGGAUGAGGACAGACGCCAACCUGGACACCAGCGUCUCUCCACACUUCCUCGGCUGAGGACAGACGCUCAACCUGGACACACCAGCGUCUUCGUCAUCCCUUCCUCGUGAGGCAGACGCUCAACAAACACA